AUGGAUCAUUCGAUGCACAUGAAUCACGGCGAUAUGGACCACGGUGAUAUGGGUCAUGGUGAUAUGGACAUGGGCCAGUGCAACAUGAAUGCAAGUACACUUGCGAAUACGUCUAUAGAAAUUCCCUUGCUAAUGUCAUCUUUGCUUGACCAGAUGGUUUUCACGUGGUCCUCCAAGAACCUCUGUGUCAUCUUCCGCCAGUGGCGUAUCACCGGCCCCGUCUCGCUCCUCCUCUCGCUCAUCCUCAUCGUCCUCCUCACUGCCGGCUACGAAGGUGUCCGACAAGUAACCCGCAAGUACGAAGCUGCUCACAACCAGCGUCUGAAUGCAUUUGCUGUGUCGGCAACUACAGGUGGAGCUCUCUCAUUGAUGUCUUGCCCUGCAGUCGAUGGGAUCCCCGAGCCGGCCACCGCUAAUGUCUACGAUAAUAUCCAUGGCGAGGGCUCACCACUGCUUGUAGGACGGGACAAUAGGGCUGCUAUUGCACGCCAGGGGAGAAUUACUUUGGCGGCGUUAUAUGCCAUUCAGGUCUUCUACAGCUUCUUCAUCAUGCUUCUAUUCAUGACAUACAACGGCCUGAUAAUGCUGGCGGUUGCGGUUGGUGCAUUCGUUGGGUACCUGGCCUUUGCGGAUGGCACUCCGGCUACCAAGUCCAUUGCUUGCCACUGA